ACGCGCAGGAGAUCAGCACUCGAGCCCUGACCGACAUGAGUGGCCGGCCAAGGCCCGCUCAAGAAGCCUUUCCAGACAUGUUGACCGAAUUUGCCGGUGUUUACUUACCCCUUAGCAGGCCAUCGCUAGCUGCUGCGACGGGGGACCACGAGUCCCGCUGUCAGCGGCGACUUGCGGCUGGGGCGCGUACCCUACCCCUGGGACGCCGACGAUAAUAUGCCUCUCAUCUGCGGACGGCGCACUUCUGCGUCCCUGACCGAAUCGUUGAUGUAUUGGAUGGGUUCAUGGUGCAGUCCCCGUCGCAGUGAUCAGACGGAAUAGGAUCCGAAG